AUGGGAAACCUAAAUGAAUUAAUAGGACUUGGUUCUACUAAUUCUGGCGAAGAUUUUGAGUACGACGCGGUUAGAGGUCUCACUUUGACCAGUCUUAAUGGCGCAGUUUUUGUCAAUCUUCCAAAUCAACUGGAUAUGACAGUUUUGCUGUCGUCGGUAUUUGAUGCAGAUGAGUUUUCGAAUCAAUGGACAACUUAUUGUAUUAUCGAUGGAAUAGUCGCUUUCAUUCAUUCAGAGGGAUUGUUUGCAUGUGCAGUGGAGGAAGAAGAUGAACUGGUAAUCAACACCCUCUCAACUUAUAAGUUGGCAGUUAAUCGCCCAGAUUGUUUAGAUGUUCUGUUGAUCUCUACCAAUUAUGGUUGCCAGCCGGAACCCAUGAUACUGCAAUAUACUACAAGCUGGAUGUCAACAUUAGAAUGGGGAAAUGAAAUUACGCAAUCUGGUAUCGUUUUGAUUUCUGAUGAAGAAACUACAACUAUUAGCACGUUUUUGCCCGUUGUUAAUCAACAUACAAUUACAUGGACCACCCUCAAUGAUGCAGAUUUACUGACUACUCAACUGGGUGUUAUUUCGUACGUUGAGGGAAUAUGGUCGGCUGUCACGACAUACCCACCGCUUGAGUAUACUACGUCAUGGACGAGCAAGGUAGAGAAUGGGCCGGUGAUUACAGAAUCGGGGGUGUUGCUGAAGGACGAGGAGCUUGAUGCGUAUGUGACAGUGUCAGUGAUUCCACCUGAGGUGGGGAACCGGGUACUCAGUUGGACCACGGUGGACGAGAAUGAUGAGCCUGUUACACGAUCAGGUAUUGUUGCGUACGAGAGUGGAGAAUGGGCGGUUGUCACGACAUACCCACCGCUUGAGUAUACUACGUCGUGGACGAGCAAGGUAGAGAAUGGGCCGGUGAUUACAGAAUCGGGGGUGUUGCUGAAGGACGAGGAACUUGAUGCGUAUGUGACAGUGUCAGUGAUUCCACCUGAGGUGGGGAACCGGGUACUCAGUUGGACCACGGUGGACGAGAAUGAUGAGCCUGUUACACGAUCAGGUAUUGUUGCGUACGAGAGUGGAGAAUGGGCGGUUGUCACGACAUACCCACCACUUGAGUAUACUACGUCAUGGACGAGCAAGGUAGAGAAUGGGCCGGUGAUUACAGAAUCGGGGGUGUUGCUGAAGGACGAGGAACUUGAUGCGUAUGUGACAGUGUCAGUGAUUCCACCUGAGGUGGGGAACCGGGUACUCAGUUGGACCACGGUGGACGAGAAUGAUGAGCCUGUUACACGAUCAGGUAUUGUUGCGUACGAGAGUGGAGAAUGGGCGGUUGUCACGACAUACCCACCACUUGAGUAUACUACGUCAUGGACGAGCAAGGUAGAGAAUGGGCCGGUGAUUACAGAAUCGGGGGUGUUGCUGAAGGACGAGGAGCUUGAUGCGUAUGUGACAGUGUCAGUGAUUCCACCUGAGGUGGGGGACCAGGUACUCAGUUGGACCACGGUGGACGAGAAUGAUGAGCCUGUUACACGAUCAGGUAUUGUUGCGUACGAGAGUGGAGAAUGGGCGGUUGUCACGACAUACCCACCGCUUGAGUAUACUACGUCAUGGACGAGCAAGGUAGAGAAUGGGCCGGUGAUUACAGAAUCGGGGGUGUUGCUGAAGGACGAGGAACUUGAUGCGUAUGUGACAGUGUCUGUGAUUCCACCGUUUAUCACAGAGUAUACUGUUACUUGGGAAACAUUUUUGGAAGGUAAUGAACCAUUCACGCGCUCGGGUCUUUUGAUUUAUGCUGACGGUCACUGGAUUACAGCUUACACUUUUGAAGCUUCGAGUUCCGUUUUUGUUGUUAGUAGCUCUUUGGACAAACAAUCGUCUGGUUCAACUUUGUUUCCAAUAGAAAACAUACUGGAGAGUACCAGCACAGAACAGGUUAAUGAAUCCGGUUAUUCACAACCUUAUGAUUCAUCUUAUUACAGUUAUAGUAUGAGUGAAAUUCCUUUACCGACUUCAAGUGGGUCUGGGGAUGAAGGGGAUUACUCGUUUUCUACAAAUACAUUUAAUGGUGAAAGCAAUGAAUUUUUUUCACAAACCAUCGAGAACAGCAGCACUUAUGAUGAAGAGUCAACAUCUUUUGAAACAAAAGUUGAGGAGACUAGCAAUUUAGUGGUAACAAGCACUACUAGCACCGUGGAUGAGGCGCCUUCCCUUUCCUUCCCCGAUUGGCCAAUUUCAUCCACAUCCGUGGUGAUACCGGACCAACCGUUUGCAUUGUUAACACUCGUAGACGAAUUCUUGUAUAAUUUCGCAUCAAAUGGUUCGCAUAUCAUUCUCCAAAAUGACGCCGUGGUCCUUUUUACUAUCAUGGAUGGAUACCUUCAAAUAGGAGAUCAAUACGUGAGAAUUGAUGAGAAUGGAAUAUUAUUAAUCGGUGGAAUUAACGUUGCUUCGCGAGGAUGGGAUAUAGACGGUCAAGUUUUGACAUUUGAAAUGCCGACUGAAGUUCAAAGGAUAGUUAAGCGAGACUCUGUUCAAUUCUUUUACUGCGCUGCAGAAGUGAAUUUUUUCGUCUCCGUGAACCCAUUGGAUGGAUGUUUUCCCGUUGAAGUUGCUGCAGUAAAUAUUAUAUCUGAUGCUGAAACCGAUAGUAUAGGUCUGAACACCAUUGUGGAAACGGGGCUUUCUUUAAACGAAACUUAUGAAUCAAGUGAGUUUGAUAUCUACACCGAGGAGAGUGAUCAGAAUGAAAGCACAUAUGGUAUGAAUUUAUCAACAAACUUUUUGACGCUGGAUUUUUUGGAAGAGACUGAAAUGUUCACGAGUCUGGAGCCAGUAACGAGCUUGCAGUCUGAUUUAGUUACAAGAACACUUGAUACUUUGCAGGUCUUGACGAUAAUAGAAUCAGAUACUUCGAGAAAAAGUAUGGCUAUACCCAUCUCCACGUCAGGUACUUAUUCGGUGGAAACUUCUGUUUCAGUUCAAGUGUCGAGGACCGAAAAUUUUUCGGCAAAAAGCGAAACAAGAGGUUCAUUCACAACCAAGAUGUUUUCUUCGACAACAACAGAUGUAGUAUUUGUCACGAUUACAAACUGUGGGGCCAAAAUUUGUGACACUUUAAUCUCUAUGGAAGGGAUCUCAACCGCGGCCAAUAUUGAAAGUGCAAAAACUACUCCGGCGCUUCAGCAUACACAACAACAGUCGCUGGUUGUGUUAGUUAGUAAUUGCUGGGGAACUAGCUGUACGGAAUGCUCGACGUUAAUCCAGAUGAAAAUUACAAAAUCUCAAACAUGCAAUACGAAAUGUAAAAGUGUCAGCCUAGAUGCAAGCGAUGAAUCAAUGUUUAGAAGCCAAACACGCCUAAGUUUGCAAAGUAUGCUUACCAUUGAAGCUCUCGAGAUGAAUCUGGUUAAAGAUGACUUAAAAAAAGUUGUGAGUAUUACAAACAACAAUUCGGGCGGACUCUCUGAUGAAUACCACACUGAUUCACCCGACCAUAUUAUAUCACCGAUUGGUAUGGUUACGAAAAAUAAUAAAUUAUCAGAAAUUAUCAAUGACGCGGGAUCGCAUAUGACAAUUACCAGCUUAAUAUCUGAUGACAGCUUAAUUAAAGAGAGUCAUUCUUCAAUUUUGAACGAAAAUAAAUUUAAUCUGAACACUUUUGAUUCAGAUGAAGACUCGCCAAAAAAUUUAGGACAAAAUAUUUUGCAAUCAUUUUUCCUGAGGACAUUACUUGGGAUAACGGUAAUCGUUUUGUUUUUAUGA